CCCUCCUUCCCUCACUCACCCUCUCUCUCUAUGAAUACUCACCCACCUAUCCCUUCCUUUUUCUCUCUCUGAAACUUUCCUCUCUCAAAAUCUCAAACCCAGAUUUGUUCUCUCUCUCUCUCUCUCUCUCUCUCUACUUCCAAUCAAUUAAUUCCUCCAUUGGAGGAGCUUAGGGUUUGUUGGUGUUCUGGUCUUUGCUUUGUCUGAAAAAUAAGCAGAAUUAUAAACGAACACCAACGCCAUGGGAAGAUUUGAAGAGAGAGGAUUCAAUUCAGUGGUUUGCCCUAAGCCUAUCCGAACCUUUAGAAGGUCUACCAACAGCUGUUAUCAGACUGAGAUGGCUGAUUCAAAAACUGGCGCAGAGCUUCUUGAUAUAAUCCUCCCCGAGGGAGGGUAUGGGGCCGAGAAUCCCACCGACCAAAUGGCUUCAUCACCACCGUAUUUCUGUGGAUCACCGCCGAGCAGGGCGUCGAAUCCGGUAAUCCAAGAUGCCCGAUUCAACGACGAGCAGCCGGUGCUACCUCCACUAACAUCCCCAGCACCCUCCUCAAGGGGAGGAUGCGUGAGGGUGAAAUUCGGGCAGAUGCCAGCUGCUGUACGAAUCGAGGGAUUUGAUUGCCUCACCAGAGAUGGCCGCCAUCGCAGCAUCUCCGCCGUGGCUUAAAAAAAAAACCAAAGGGAAGAAAAUUUUGAUAUGAGAAAAAAAAUGUGAGAGGAGAGAGGGAGAUGAUAAAAUUAAGUUACAGCUUGGAAUAGUGUGGGUAGUGUUGGAUUUGUAAAUAGAAGAUUAAAAUGAGAUGAUGGGUGUUAAAUUGUUGGGUCUUUGAUGAUUUUGGGAUGGGAUUUUCGUUGCAUAAAAGAACUAGAGGGGAGCAAAAACAAGGUUGAUUGCCCCCACUCUUGUUAGGGUUCCUUUAUCUUUUUUUGCUUUCUUUAAUUAUUAAUUACUGUAUUUGGUGAGAGGAGAGGAUGGAUGGGAGACAUUUGUGUAAUAUAUCGUGUUUGAUCAAUGACACUCUCAUCCUUCCUCCUUCGCAUGUAAUUGUAAUUUGAAGGAAAUGGAGGUUUUAAUUUUUCUUUUGCCUUAA